CAUCGUUGCCUUAUAUACUUGUAUAAACACAAUACACAGCUUAUCCCAGCUGAAGCAGAACUUGUAAUUCAUGCGAACUUUCUCGCUAAGCAAACAAAUGGGUGUGCGAAUUAGCUCAAAUCCAUGAAACUUUGAGAUUGAGCAGGGUGGAGUGGUGGGUUUUACCUUGUUCGCAUACAGAGGGACUAAAUCUCUUUCCUUCAUGAACAAAUCUUGCUCUAUAGUUUUGCUGCUGCUACUAAAUCGGCUUCUACUCGUCCUAAUUCCUUAUUCUCCUAAUCGCAAAGAGGAACAAUGAUGUCGAAGAGAGGGAGCGACACCUGAGGAAAGCAAUCUCAGAUGACCAACACGUGGGAAAAUUUGACAACAGCUAUGCCAAAGGGCAUAUUAGUAAUUCUACUAUGCAAAAAUAAAAAAUACAAAGGAAAUGAACCAGUGCAAGGCAAAAACAUCAACACACUGCGUGAACAGUGUCUUUGAACUGGGUUUACUAUACAUCGCUUAUCAUUUGUAAUCCUAUUUUGCAGGACGGAGGCUGAUUUCAUUAAGGAAGUUGUGGAAGAUAUUUCAACGAAAUUGAAACGUGAAACCUUAUGUGAUUUAAAGGGCAUGGUUGGAAUUGAGAGCCGCAUCGAGCAAGUUGAAUCGUUAUUAAGCACUGAUGAUUGGAAAGGUGUUUGCACUGUAGGCAUUUGGGGUAUGGGUGGUAUUGGAAAGACCACCCUUGCUAAGGCUGUGUUCAACAAACUCUCUUCUAAGUUCGAAGCUUCUUGUCUUCUUAACAAUGUUAGGGAGAAGGCAGAGCAAACAGACGGAGUCGUUAAAUUGCAAAAAACACUUCUUAAAGAGAUCUUAAAGGAAAAAAAUCUCUCCAUAAAUAUGAAGAAUGUUAAAGAAAGGCUCGGCCGUACAAAGGUUCUCAUUGUUUUUGAUGAUGUUAGUGACUGGAGGCAAAUAAAAGAUCUAGUUGGACACUACGAAGAUGGAAGUAGAAUCAUCGUAACAAGUAGAGAACGGGGCGUACUCAAGAAAGCUGUUAGUGAUAAAAAAUAUAUAUAUGAGGUUCAGAAAAUAAAAACUGAUGACGCUCUUCGGCUCUUUCAAUUUCAUGCUUUCAAGGGUAACUCUCCCAGAGAAGAUUAUACAGAGUUGUCGGCAAGGGUGGUAAAAUAUGCUGGAGGCAUUCCACUGGCUCUUGAAGUUUUGGGUUCCCUAUUCUUUGAAUGUGAGAGCAAAGACGAGUGGAAAGAAGCAUGGAGCACACUGAGAAAUUAUCCCAAUGAAGAAAUUCAAAAUACGUUGAGAGUAAGCUAUAAUAGAUUACCAAGAAAUGUGCAGGAGGUAUUUCUUGAUAUAGCAUGCUUUUAUAAAGGGGAUCCUAUGUGAGCAUGUAAAAACGAUGGUAGACUUUGGCCAACGGCAUGGUGGUUCAUGUGCGGCAGAUGGAAUUAGAGUUCUCUGUGAUAGGUCUCUCAUAUCGAUUGCUUCGGAACAGGGAACCAUAGAUAUGCAUGAUUUGGUACAAGAAAUGGGUUGGUCAAUUGUUCGCCAACAAUGUAUUGAAGAGCCCGGAAGACGCACUAGGUUGUUCACUGAUGAGGAUAUCUAUCAUGUAUUGAAAAAUAACACGGGAACUGAAAACGUUCAAGCCAUAAUCUUUCCCCGGUGGUCAAGGAUUGGAGAGCAAAACUUGGAUAGUGCAGACUUCAAAAAGAUGUAUAAUAUGAGAUUGCUCAAAAUUGAUU